UUUGGGCCGCUGAUACAGUGUAACCAGCUGCACAACAACAUUCACCCAGGCGAAAGACAGACAGAAAGAUGACUGGCAGAACUGGACCUGAAUAUGAUCAUAACGCGAGUUUAUUGAGUGUGUAGAUGAACAUUGAGAUCGAGUUUGAUCAGGAGAAUCUCACCCGAUGUUACAGGAAGCGGCUGUCGCGGGGGCGGAAGAGCCACUGUCGCGUUUCUGUUAUCUUGAGUUAAAGUAUCAUCACAGUCGGGGAUUACGACAUUUCCCAGUCCUUAAAUAAGAACAGACGACUCGUUAAAGGAUCAAAUCAAGCCAGUGAAACCCCGUGAAUGAUCAGAGGACUGAGCCCGUGGGCAAACCCGAUGCCAUGGAUUUAAAAACUGCUGUUUUCAACGCUGCCCGAGAUGGCAAACUCCGACUUCUGCAGAAACUUUUAGAGAACAAGAGCGAUCACGAAGUGAUGAAGCUCAUGGCGGAGAAAACCAACGGAGCGACACCGUUACUAAUGGCUGCCCGUUACGGCCACCUGGAGCUGGUGGAAUACCUCAUGGAAUGCUGCUGCGCUCCCGUCGAGAUCGGAGGCUCCGUCAAUUUCGAUGGUGAGAUCAUUGAGGGAGCGCCGCCGCUCUGGGCUGCGUCUGCGGCGGGACAUUUGAAAGUCGUCCAGUCUUUACUGGGUCACGGUGCCUCCGUGAACAACACAACACUUACUAACUCCACUCCUCUGAGAGCCGCGUGUUUCGAUGGACAUUUGGAUAUUGUCAGAUAUUUGGUGGAGCACAAAGCAGAUCUGGAGGUGGCCAACAGACACGGUCACACGUGUCUCAUGAUAUCGUGUUAUAAAGGCCACAAGGAGAUUGCGCAGUAUUUGCUGGAGAAAGGGGCCGACGUCAACAGGAAAAGUGUGAAAGGUAAAGCGGCACAAUGAAUGUUGUUCAUGUAGCAAAUUAUUCUGUCAAUCAUUCUUAAUCUGCAAAAUGUGACAAGUUGAUCUUUUGAAGUCUUUGUGCCGUCAGGAUGUUUCCUGCAACUUUAUUCGGAGCUAGUUUGUAGUGCAUGUGUAUCCAAAGGUAAUUCAUAAUGUUACUUAUUAAUUAAUAAAAACAUUGCUUAUAUCAUUUAUGAAUUUCAUUGUUUUGGACCUUGUAAAAAGAAGGCUUUGAUUUGAUUGUGAGGUGCAGGGUGUCCAUUAUUAUUAUUAUUAUUAUAAGGGGAUUAGGGGGAUCUGACUCCCUAAUGAA